AUGUCUGACAACGGGGAUGUCGAGGUUGCGACCUACUCGGUCCUGCCCAAGGAGGUUCUGGCCGAGCAGGGUCAGGUCAAGCUGUUCAACAAGUGGAGCUACGAGGACGUCGAGGUCCGCGACAUUUCGUUGACUGACUACGUGAACAUUCGCCAGCCCGUCUACCUCUCCCACUCUGCCGGUCGCUAUGCCGCCAAGCGUUUCCGCAAGGGCAGCUGCCCCAUCAUCGAGCGCCUUACCAACUCGAUGAUGAUGAACGGCCGCAACAACGGCAAGAAGCUCAUGGCUACCCGCAUUGUGGCUCACGCUUUCGAGAUCAUCCACAUCAUGACCGACCAGAACCCCCUCCAGGUCGCCGUCGACGCCAUCGUCAACUGCGGUCCCCGUGAGGACAGCACCCGUAUUGGUUCCGCCGGUACCGUCCGUCGCCAGGCCGUCGAUGUGUCCCCCCUGCGCCGUGUCAACCAGUCCAUCGCCCUCCUGACCAUCGGUGCCCGCGAGGCCUCCUUCCGCAACAUCAAGAGCAUCGCUGAGUGCCUUGCUGAGGAGCUGAUCAACGCCGCCAAGGGCAGCUCCAACUCGUACGCCAUCAAGAAGAAGGACGAGCUGGAGCGUGUUGCCAAGAGCAACCGGUAA